AUGCGACGAUAUUUUUUAAUAUUUUUGAUAACUUGUCUUUUUAUUCUCACAAUUAUGUUCUACAAAACUUCAACAAAACUCCAAAGUUUUGUAAUGACAAAAAAUAUUCCACAAAAUAAGGAGGAAAACUGUCUGAAAAUUGAGGACCUUCAAAAAAAUUUGGAUAUUCCGAUAUUGAUUUUGGAUGAAAAAUAUUUGGAAAAGUUUCAGAAUAAAAGUUGUGAAGAAAUACGUAAAAUUGAGGUAAGUCGGGGAACACCGAGAAAAACUUAUAUAUUUAUAUUUUUUUUUUCAGAUUGCCGUUGAUUUGAAAUAUUCGGAAAAUCGAAAAAUUCUUCAAGAUCCGAGAUUCAAAAUAAUAUUUUUCGAAAAUUCGACCGCAAAAGAUUUUUUAAAUUUGAUAACUGUGCCAAGAAAAAUUAUUCCAAAGUGAGUUACCACGUAAAUUUAGGGAAAUAAUUUUGAAACACUUUCAGGAGAUUUGAAGUUCAUCAUUUUGGAAAUUUGAUUAUUCCCGAAAAUAUUCCAAUUUUCUUAGAAUUUUUAAAAAGAUCAACAUUUUUGGAGUGUCAAAAUAUCACAAUUUCGAGAAAAGAUCAAAAAGCUAAGCUGGAUGCGCAAAAAUCAGUCAACGUUUUGGCUGAACUUCGAGAUUUGCUAUUGGAUUUUGGAAUGUUUUCAUUUUUGAAUUGUGGAACAUUUUUGGGUAAUAUUUUUGAGCUAAACCUCAUUUUUUUAUUCAUUUUCAGGUUGGUAUCGUGAAUGCUCUAUAAUUCCACAUACAAGUGAUAUGGAUUUAACAAUUUUUAUCGAAGAUAUAAAUGCAGAUAUAUUGAAUUAUUUUGAAACCGAAAAUUCAACAUUUAUAUUAUCGAGAAAAUUUGGCCGGCUAAAUGAUUCGCUUGAAUUCACAGUAUAUUCAAAAUCAGGAUAUCGUGUAAAAACGGAUAUUUUCUUCAUGUAUUCUGAUUUUGAAAAUGGUACAAAUAUGAAUUGGAUUGGUGGAACGGGUGGAAAUGGGCAAAAAUACAAAUUUUUGUAUCCAGACUAUGAUCCUUGGUGUGCUGCAGAUCUUUUGGGACAUAUUUUUUGGGUUACUUGUACGCCAGAAUAUUAUGUUAAGGUAUAUUUCGAAAUAAAUUUCUCUCAAGAACAUGUUGUUUUUAUUUAGUUCGAACAUGGUGAAUUUUGGUACAAAGAUGUUCCAACUUCACAUUAUCAUUGGGCAAAUUCUGCAAAAAAUAUGAAACUGAAUGGAAAAUGGACUGAAGAAGAAAUGAAAACUGUUUAUUAUAUCAGAAAUUAA